AUGACAUCAACAAAUAAUAUAGACAAAGUCAAAACAUAUCUAUUAGCUGCAAGUGGACGGCGAACUAUACGAAAUACACAAUGGAUAGAUGAUGUACCAUCGGAAAGCUUUACUUUACCGAAAUAUGAAGUCGAAAUCCUUGAUAAAGUCAAACGUGAAAAUACCAUUGUCUGUUUACACAGUAAUACCUCAAAGAAUUUUCUUAUUAUUAAUGUUAUACGAGAAUAUUCAUAUGGUAUUAAACAAAAUUUUGAUGAAGGUGGUCAACGUAUCGUUUUUCUUUCAAUGGAACAAGAUCCAGUUGCAUUAGCUGAAAUGAUUCAUCGGCAUUUACCAGUCGAUGUCGGCUCAUUUGGUAUUGAACACGGAGUACUUCUAUGGAAAAAGGAACAAUGGCUACAGGAAAUGCGAAUUCGUUCUGUAUUAGUGAUGCAUCCAACUGUUUUUCAUGAAUUACUCAAUCGAAAUUAUAUCGAAUUUCCACAUAUUAAAUUGUUAAUUCUCGACGAAUGUCACCAGGCUAUUCGUGAUCAUGCUUAUGGUUCUAUUCUAAAACAAUAUAAAAAUGUUUUGGAUAGAGCAGAUAAUAAUAAUAAUAUCCGGUUGCCACGUCUUUUUUCAAUAACGACUGCUUUACUUAAAACUCAUUGUACACCAAUACAACUUCAAGAACGCAUUGAAAAUUUACGGACUAUGUUUUGUUCGAGUAUUUUCACUGCUACAGAUCUUAUUUGUCGUCAAUCAAAUCGAUUAGCAAAAAUACCAAAAGAAACCAUUACUGUGUGUAAAAAUACUAAUAAACAACAACCGGACAUUGCAAUCGAAAUAGCACGAGAAAUUUAUGACGCUCUUGAUUAUUUAAACAAAUUAGAGCCACCGCAAAUCUCAUCGGCGAUGAAUACUGAUGAAAAUUCAUCACCAUUGACUAUUCCACGGCAAGUACUUACCGAAUGUUUACGUCUAGUUGAUAAGCUAGGCAUUUGGGCAUUACUUCGUUCAUCAUUACCGAUCAUAACUCAAUUAGAACGUCUUUCAAGUAUUGCUAUUGAGCAAAGUACUGCUUCAUUGUCGUCUUCGUCUCAUCACAUUUCUCUCUCAUCACCACGUGCAUAUUCGUUAUUUCUUGAUUGGACUUGUACAUUACUACGACUUUGGAGAGCACGUAUUAAGACGGUUAUUGAAACACUUGAUUCAAAUACAUUAAUUGAACAAUAUACAACAUCAAAAUUACGUUCAUUAUUUGAUAUAUUAAAACGUUUUCAAUCGGAUGCAACAAGUGUGCAUAGUCGUCGUUGGUCAGCAAUUAUAUUUGUUGAUCGUAAACAAGAAACUGCUGUACUUAAUGCUCUAUUGAAGGAUGCGGCCAAGCGUUUUCCUGACGAAUAUUCAUUUAUACGACCAAAUUUUUUAAUUGGAUAUUCAACAAUGCAGCCAACAGAGGAUCUAUCAACUAGUCAACAUAUUCAACCGAUGGAUAGUCGAAAACAGGAAGAAGUUAUGCGAAAAUUUCGUCUCGGUGAAAAUAAUAUUAUUGUUGCAUUGAGUUCUCUUGAAGAAUUAAAAGAUAUACCAGAUUGUAAUCUAGUAGUUCGAUUUAAUGUACCAACAAAUUAUCGAUCGUAUAUGCAAUCAAAAGGCAAAGCAAGAGCUCAAACACCACAUUUUUUUAUGCUGGUCGAACAAGAUGAAUAUGAUACCUUCCUAACAAAUCUUAAUUCAUUUAAAGGCAUUGAACAGGUCUUGACAAAAGAAUUUCAAGAAAUUAAUACUCCUCUUCCACCGGCUACUAUCGAACGUGAACGAAUACCAAAUGCUAUUGAAGUAAUCAAUAGAUAUUGUGCUCGACUUCCAUGUGAUGCUCUAACAACAUUAGUUCCAUCGUGUGAAAUAAAGAAAAUUGAUGACGAACAAUAUCAAUGUACUCUUUCAUUGCCAGUUAAUUCGCCUGCACGAACAACAAUUAUAGGUCCUAUUCGUUCAACCGUAAAAAAAGCAAAACUUUCAACUGCCAAACGUCUUUGUGAACAUCUCCUAAAAGCAGGAGAAUUAAAUGAACUCUUAUUACCUGAAACGCGCGAACAAUUUUAUCUUCGUCAUUCAACUAUUGACGAUGAAGAUUUUGUUGAAUGGGGUUCAUAUAAUGAACCCAAUCCAAAGCCUGGUUCCGUUCAACGUAAACAACUUUAUACCAAAGCUGUUAUACCUGAACCUGUUUCAACAACGAAUUCUUCGGAUUUUUUCGUUUAUUGUAUGAAUGGUGAAUUAACAACACCAUUGGUUCAAUCCAAUGAACAGCAAAAACCAACAAUUAUUUAUACACAUGAAUCUAAUCGAAAUCGAAUCGGUUUACUGUCAGCAAAUUAUCUACUUGAAAUUCCAGCAUUUUCAUUAUUUUCUCGUGCUGGUGAAGAAACUUUUGAUCUCGAAAUGAUCAUGAAAAAUAUUCAUUUUACAUCGGAUGAAUAUCGAAUGUUACAAACAGUUCAUUAUUAUUUAUUUUCUUCCAUACUUGGAUUUGAUCGUCCAUUAGUUAAUUUCAAUCCUGAGCAGACUAAAUCACAUUUAAUUAUUAUUUUAUUAAAAAUGGAUCCGUCAGGUUCAUAUUCAAUCGAUUGGAAAUUAACCAAGGAUAUUAUUACAUUUAUUCAAUCGAUGUUCUUAGAUAAAUAUACUCUUGAAAAUCCAUAUGUAUUUAAUGCAAAUGAUUUCAAUCAAACAUGUAUUGUUUUACCGUCGUAUCGUCGUUCAACUCAACCACAAUAUUAUAUUGUUAAUUCUAUUGAUACAAAUAAAAAUCCUCUAUCAUCAUUUCCAUCUAUAUCAACGAUCUAUGAUACAUUUUCAUCGUAUUAUGAAAUAAAAUAUGAAUUACUUUUAACAAAUAAAACACAACCAUUAUUAUGUGUAUCGCAUACAUCGCAUCGUAUGAAUCAAUUAAUUCCACGUUAUAUGAAUUUUAAAACGAUGAAAGUAACAAAUGGAAAUCGAAAUAUAAAUCGUACGAAUCAACAUUCAAAAACAAACGGUUCAACACAUCAUCCUCAUCAUCAUCAUCAAGGAGUUUUUCUCAUACCAGAAUUAGUUAUUAUUCAUCCGAUAAAUUCACAAUUAUGGCAAGGAAUUAUAGCAUUACCUAGUAUGCUGUAUAGAAUCAAUUCGUUGUUAUUAGUUGAACAGUUGAGACGAACAGUUGCAUUAGAAACAGGUGUUGGCGUUGCAUGGGCACCUGAAGAUGGACAAUUUGAUAAGUUAGGUUUUGAAUGGGACGAAAAAAAAGAAGCACAAUUCUCAGCUCUAUUAGAUAAUAAUGAUGCAUUUUUUACUGAUGAACCUAUUGAUCCGAAUUGGAAUUUUGAAAUCAGUGUUUGGAAUGGAAAUGAUUUACACAAUUGGACAAAUGAUUCAGCAUGGCUCGAAGCAAAAGAUCGUUGUAUUAUGAUAAAUGCUGCUGAUUUCGCUGAUGCUGAUUUCGAUGAUGAUAUGGAUCUUGAAGAUGAUGCAGAAGAAGAUAAGCAUACCGGUUCACAACAAGCUGGCCGAUCUGCAUCAACUUGGGCAGGUACGCCACAGAAACAAAAACUAGAAUCAUCAACCGACGACGAUGAAGACGACGAAGAUGAUGAUGAUGAUGACGAUGAUAAUAAUGAAGCCGUUGAAAAUGCUAAACAAAAUAAUAAAUCUUCUCUAUCAUCCAAUAAGAAAAAACAAGAUAAUAAUUCAUCGAAAGAAACCAAAGUAAAAAAUUAUCAUAUUGAUUUACCUCGUUUACAUGAAGAUCUUAAAACUAAAUCAAAAAAAUUCCUUUCAAAACUCAUGUCGAACACUCAACCUACCAUGGAUUUAACUAAACAAGAUGAAACUGAUCUUUUUUCUUCUGUCGAAUUAACGCUAAAUAAUUCUAAAGUAUGCUUACGUGAAAAAUCAAAUUAUUUAGUCAAUGUUCAAAUUGAAGAGCCAACAAAAAUCUAUCAAUCACCUAUUUCGUCUGUUAUUCAUUUUGAACCAACUCCACUCAUCAAACGUCUAUUAAAUAUUAACGAAGUUUUACAAGAUGAUGAUGAUAGUAAUGCUGAUCGUAAUAACAAAGAGGAUGAACAUCGUCAACAAAAAAAACGUUCAUCAAUAUUAGCAUCGUCAAGUACAUCUCAAACAAAUUUUUCCAUAUUAGAAAAUGGACAUGAUAGUGGAAUUAUAGAUGAUUUUUCUGAACCAUUAAAUAUAAAUUUAGAUUUUGAAUAUCUACCUGAAUCUCAUCCGGGUCCAUCACCAGCAUUGCUCUUACAAGCGUUAACAUUAUCGAAUGCUGGCGAUGGUUUUGAUCUUGAACGUCUUGAAACAGUUGGUGAUUCAUUUUUGAAACAAGCUGUUACUGUCUAUAUUUAUUGUACGUAUACACAAGUGCAUGAAGGGAAAUUAAGUUUUUUUCGUUCAAAAAUUGUCUCAAAUUAUAAUCUCUAUAAACUUGGCAAACGUAAAUUAUUUGGAGAAUAUUUAAUUAGUACAAAAUUUGAACCAUUUGAAAAUUGGAUUCCACCUUUGUUUACAUCUGGAUCACCCAAUGAAUAUGGUCUAUUGUCAAGUUCUGGUGUAGAAUUAUGGACAAAAUCUGAAUCAACAACAAAUGUCGAUUGGAUUGAACUACAAGAACGUCGUGAACAACGAAGACUAGCAAAAAUUAAUCUUCAAUCAUCAUCACCAGCAGCAUCAGUAGUACCAAUACCAUCAAUUACCAUGUUGAACAAUCCAGCACUAGCGACAUUUUCUACAAAAACACCACCCAAUGAACAAAAUUGGACGCCAUCAUAUGACCGUCGUACUCAACAUUUAAUAUCCGAUAAAAGUAUUGCCGAUGCAGUUGAAGCUUUAAUUGGUGCUUAUUUAAUUGCAAGUGGGCCAAAAGCUGCGCUUCGAUUUAUGGCUUGGCUUGGCAUAAGAAUAUUUCCUAAACUUCGACUUGAGGAUGGAACAGAAAUGACUGGUGAGCUUCCACCAUUGCCAUCACCCGUUGAUUAUUCAAAUCCAUCGAUUUUAUCAGCAGUUCAAUCCUAUGAUUUCGAUCGUUUUGAACAACUUAUUGGCUAUCGUUUUCAUCAACGAGCGUAUCUCAUUCAAGCAUUUACGCAUGCAUCUUACUCCUAUAAUACAAUAACAGAUUGUUAUCAACGAUUAGAAUUUCUUGGUGAUGCCGUACUUGAUUAUGUUAUAACUCGUUACCUAUAUGAACAUCCAAAACGUCAUUCACCCGGUGAACUAACAGAUCUUCGUUCUGCUCUAGUCAAUAAUAAUAUAUUUGCAUAUAUAGCUGUUAAAUAUGAUUUUCAUAAAUAUUUUCGUUGUCAUUCAAAUGAAUUAUUUCUAUUGAUUGAUAAAUUUGUUCAAGCCCAAAAAGAUAAAUCAACAUGGUGCGGUUUCGACGAAUGUAAUUUAGGUGAUGAUGAUGAUGAAAACGAUGAAUUUUUCUAUUAUGAUUUUUUAACAUCAUCAGCAUCGAAUAAUAAGGAUACGUAUAGUGCAACAAUGGCAUGCGCAGCCGAUGAUGAACAUCUAUCGAAUUCACACGAUGAACAAAAUGAUGAUUCAAUUAAUGAACCCGAUGAAUGGGAAGAAACUGAAGUUCCGAAAUGCCUCGGUGAUAUAUUUGAAUCUGUUGCCGGUGCAAUAUUUCUGGACUCAAAUAAAUCAUUUAAUACAGUAUGGAAAAUAUAUUAUCGGAUGUUAAAACCAUUUAUUGAAAAAUUUACAACGAAAGUUCCAAAAUCGCCAAUACGUGAACUACUGGAACUUGAACCUGAAACAGUGAAAUUUGAAAAACCUGAACGUUUACUUGAUGGUCGAAUACGCGUUACAGUUGAAAUUAUUGGUAAAGGACGUUUUAAAGGUGUUGGACGAAAUUAUCGAAUAGCUAAAAAUGCAGCGGCAAAAUGCGCUCUAAAAAAUUUACGUCGUCUUGAUUAA